UGUCAGCUCGUGCACACUGCUUUGGAUGACUGUGCACAGCACAGCCAUGCAAAGCAGUGUGCUUACAGUGAAGCACAGGGACACAGACACAACACACAGUUAAAACUUUGAUUGCUCCACAUGUUAACCCCUUUCUGCCCAGUGUCAUUAGUACAGUGUCAGUGCUUUUUAUUAGCACUGAUCACUGUAUUGGUGUAUUUUUGGAUGUCAGUGACACCAUGUCAGUUCCCCCCAGUGUCAGAAUGCCCGCCACAGUCCUGCAGUCCCGCUAUGAGUCGCUGAUCGCCACCAUUACUAGUGAAAAAAAAAAUUCCAGUAUAUAUGCCGCUAUUUGUAGAUGCUAUAACUUUCACGUAAACCAAUUAAAUUA